CAACAUUAUAUUACAGUGACGAUGGAGAUGACUGUGAAGAUAAAGCUUAUUCCCUCAUCUCUCUCUCCACCCUUUUCUAAACUUGUGUUCCCCUUCCUCCUGUCCAUCUAUAUGUGGACACGCUACUCAGUGAAAGCCUCGAUUGACAGAAGAAAACAAAUAGAAACAACUGGCAAAGGUUGAAUAAAAGAACAAGCUGUCAGAAACCGAGAGACACCGGUUCUCACUCACAGACGCAAAGACUGCUAGCAGGAUGUCUGGCUCUACCCAGGAAGAGGAGGAGUUGCCUGCCAACCACACAGGUCCAAAAGGUGUAAUUAAUGACUGGAGAAGGUUUAAGUUGGACAGCGUGGAUCAGACUGUCCCCCAAAGCAAGAGAGAGCUGCUCAGACAAAUGUCCAAUCCACGGGAGGACGACAAGGAGAGACUCAACAGAAAGAUGAGCGUUCAGGAGUACAAAAUGAUCCAAGAAGAGGACGAACGCGGCCUGAAGCGCUACAGAAAACAUUGCAUGCAGGAAAUGCACGAGCACCUGAGCUGCGGCCCCACGUUUGAAGAAGUGUACGAGCUUGAAACCGGAGACGCCUUCCUGGAAGUCAUAGAGAAGGAACACCGGCUGACCCUAGUGGUAGUCCACAUCUACCAGCACGGUGUCAAAGGCUGUGAACAUCUGAACUCCUGUCUGGAUUGUCUGGCUUCAGAGUACUCAAGCAUUAAAUUCUGUCGUAUUGAUGCCUUGGCAACAGGCGCUGCUGAGCGCUUCUCGCCUGAGGUUCUUCCUGCUCUGCUGGUCUACAAAGCUGGUGAGUUACUGGGUAAUUUCCUGGCUGUUACCAAACACUUCAAUGAAGACUUCUUCGCAACGGAUGUGGAGGGUUUUCUCAACGAAUAUGGCCUGCUAUCCGAGAAGGAGUUCACAGCAUGUGCUGAUGAUGAGGCCGAGGGAGGGGACGUGGAAUAGUGAGAGGGGAAGGAGAAAAUGAUGAUCGUUAAGAGAAGGGGGAGAAAUGGUUUACAUGUGGAGGAGAGUGGAUGAAGGCAGAGGAAGAGGAAACAGGAAGAAGCAGUGUAAGAGUUAAGAAAGUCUUUACAUUGCAUGUGUAGAUAAACACACAAUAGUAAACAUUCGCCAGCACACACAGGAUGCUGAGUGCAUAUAGAAGCAGUUAGGUGCAAACAAUUUGGUGUGAGGAAGUCUGCAGAAAUACUGCUUUGCAGUCAUAUCACAGCUCUCCAAUAAAAGCUGAUAUCACCAAA